AUGUCGACAGAACAUACAUCAGAACGUUAUCGUUCGAGCUCUCGAAAGUUGGUAACGCUGUCGCUUAAGAGAAAGAUUGAGUUGAUACAGUGCGUUGAAAGUGGUGGAAAGAGAAAGAAAGAAAUUGCGAGCGACUUUGGAAUAGCGCCAAACACGCUGUCGACUAUACUUCGUGAUAAAGACAGAUACCAAAGGCUUUUCUAUGGAGGAAAGACGGACUUGAACAAGAAAAGAGCUCGAGGAGCUGUGCACGAGGACGUAGAUAGGGUUUUUGUUGCACAAAGAGAUGGUGAUUCCGACUUACUAGAGAAGCUAAACAAAUUAGAGAGACAGAUUGAUGUCUUUGCUAUGGAGAACCGAUUUCAGCCAACUCUAGAGUCUUUUUUCAGUGCAAGUACUAACUGUUAUCAUGGUCCGUUGAAGGUUCGAGUUAAGCAGACUCCACUGUAUUGUGAGGAAUCGUGUUUGGUUAAAUUGAAUGAAGGACAGAGGGUGGAAGGACAGCUCUGCAUUAUGCUUGUCGGUAUGGUGAUUUGUCUGUUGUGGAGAAAUUAUUGUCAGCAGGUUGUAACAAAGAAGCAAGGGAUAGAGCUGUGUGCAAGUUUGAUUAGAAAGAACAAUAAGGCCAAUGCAUGUAGGUUACAACAAAACAAUGAAGCAACAAGAGAGAAUAUUGGUGAAAGUGUUGUAACAUGCAACUGUGGGAGGACAGACAUGCAUCGCGGAUGGACAGCUUUGCAUUGUGCUUGUCAGAAUGGUCAUUUGUCUAUUGUGGAGAAAUUAUUGACUUCUGGUUGUGAGAAAGAUCUCAGGGCCUAUAAUGGAUCAACACCUUUACAUUUUUCCUGCUCAUGGUAUCCUUGUUAUGAUAGUCAUCUGUCAAUUGUCAAGUUGUUGAUAUUAUCAGGAGCUGAUUUGUCAGCAGUAGACAAUAAAGGACAAACACCAUUACAAGCUGCAGAACAACAGUUGCAAGAAGACCGGAAUGAUCAAAAUAUAAAAAAUCGUUGUCGAAUUAUUUCUUAUUUGAAAGAAUUGAAUGAGAAUAGUUCUGUUGCAGCUGGAAAUUCAGCAUCAAACAUCACAGAUAGUACAACUGCAGUUGCUGACAACGAUCAUCCAAGUGCUAUUGAUCGUCUCGGUCCAAUUGUUAAGGCUGAUUUUGAAGUUGCUGUGAAAAAGGGGAAGUUGCCAAUAAUGCGAGGGAACAUUGACAUGCUUGGUGAAGAAGAUGCAGGUAAGACGACAUUGGGAGAUGCUUUUCUAGAUCAGCCAUUUAUAGAGAAGAGAGAAAGUACAGUAGGAGCAAACGUGAAAGUGAUGAGAACGGGAGGUGGUCCAAACACGAACUGGAAGGAAUUGAAACCAAAAGACAAAGAAGAGAUCAUUGAUCAAGUUCUUGUCAGAGGCUUUCUUGCAUCUGUAGAAAGCCAGCAACAAAUUGAGGCAACAGAGGAAACAAAGCAAGUGACACAAGAUGAGAAUGGAGAGGAAGCUAUUGGACAGAUCAUCCAAGAAGCAGAACAGCAGCCAGCAGGUAGUACCACCAUGGUAGCUUUACCAACAGCCAGACAAGCAACUAGUAAAGAAGGCAACACGACAGAGUUGAGGAAGCCGCUACGUGAUUUGUUGUUUUCUAAAGAAUUAACCGAGGAGCAAGCAAAGUUAGCAGAGGAACUGCAUCGUGACAAAGCUGCAUUAGAACAAAGUGCGGAGAUGAUGUUGAUCACAGUGUGUGAUCGCGGCGGUCAAGAGCAGUUUCUGAUGACACACGCAGCAUUGAUGGCAGACAGCAGUCAGCACAGUGCAACCGCUUACAUGAUAGUGAUGGAUGGAACAAAGAGUCUUGCAGAUCCCAUACCUCAAUGUUUGUUUCGACCAGAACAAGGAAGCGAGCAGUUGGUCAUGCCACGUUUUGGCCCUACGACGAGACGUGAGCUGUUGGCUUAUCACAUGAAUGCCAUCAAGAUGGCACAUCCAGUAGUGGGUUGUGGUCCUUUUCUUGGUCAGGACUACGUCAAGCAAACACCAGUUACAUUCGCCAUUUCGACAAGACAAGACAAAACAAAGGACAUGGAUCCAAAAUUCUUAGAUGAACAAGAAGAAAUAUUGCAAGACAUUGUACAGAAGAACAAGUUUGGUGGUCACAUGAUGUUGGCAGAGGAAAACCCGAAUAAACUGACUUUUCGUAUUGACAACACACGAUCAGGCACUGGCAGUCCGGAUCCGGUGCUAAUGAAGGUGAAGGAGAUAUUUGUAGCAAUGGUGCGGUCACUGUGGAGUCAACGAGAUGCUAUUCCUUUGCCGUGGGCAGUUCUGGAUAAAUUGUUGAGCAGAGUGUCUCAACUGGAUGACAACGAAGGCAAAAUACUGGACAUCGAAGAAGUGUGUGAGUUGGCUCGAAAAUUCUGUGACAUUAUGACACGAAGAGAAUGUCGAUCGGCACUUCAGUAUUUAUCAAGUUUGAGCACAAUUGCAUUUUAUUCUGAUGUGAAUGAGUUAAAGAAGAAGGUCUUCACUGAUCGACAGUGGCUGUUUGAUGUUCUCAAUGUUUUUGUUACCGUUCUCGAUAAGAGCAACGUGCCACCAGAACUUUGGGAAGAUCUGAAGAAAUUGAAGGAAGAUGGAAUGAUGUCAUGGUCAUUGGCUCACUAUCUGCUGCUGCAGAAAGGUGUCAAGGAAAGUCAGUUUGAGUCCAUCUUGUACGUGUUGCAUCUAUUCGACGUCAUCUGUCCUACAAUCACAUCACCAGAGAUGCUGAAGGCUGUUCUGAAGGUUGGACAGUCAUUCUUUGUUCCUUGCUUGCUGGAACAGAGAUACGAUAACAAGUUGGCAUGGCAACAAAUGGCAGGUUCUAAUCAAUUUCCUCCAUCGCUUAUUUUUCGUCCUGAUGGGUUUGACACAACUCCCGAGUCGAUCUACUUUCGUCUUGUAUCUCGUUGUGCCACUGAAUAUGCCCAUCCUCCUCCCAUACUGAAAAGAGGUCAUACUGUCUUUCAUGUGAAUUUUGAGCUAAAUCUGGAAUUGGUUUACUAUGAACUACGUUACAUUAUCGCUACUGUUUACUCUCCAGAUGACGAUAUUCCUAUGAAUAGACUGAAACAGCAAUGUAGCAUCAUUCGCCAGUUUCUCAUUCGUCAGCUCAAUGAGGUCAAAAAGAGGGGAAUGGAUGGCUUUAACUUUACUGUGUGUGUUAAGCCUUUAACAAGUGACUCUCAAGAUGCUAAAAGAAUAGAUGAUGGUACUUUGGUGUCCAUUGAUAAGUACCCACAUCAACAAGGUUUGAUAAACCAAAAGCGUGAGCUUGUGUCACGAAAAAAACAGUUUCCCACUUUGGAUAUCUGGUUUAGUGACUCAAGGGAAAGUUUAGAUAUUGAAACUGGAAGUGAUAGACAACAGCAAGAUGAGCAAACAACGAAAAGUGAAUCUUCUGAUUCAAGUGUGUCAACUCUAACAUCUGGAGUUUGCCAACAGUCGCAAAUGUCUAAUCUUGAUGAAGAGUUGAGUUCUCGGCUGUUAGUGAAAGUUGCUCAUAAAGUAUCUCACAGCUGGGAGGAAUUCGGGUCUCUUCUGUCAGCAGAUAUGUUUCCUACAAAGAGAACGGACGUUAUCACUGAUACAUACAGAAAGCCAUUCUUGCGUGCUAAAGCCAUGUUAGAAGAAUGGAGAGAGGCAAUGGGCAGAAGAGCUACUUGUGACUUGAUUGUUCAAACGCUUUUGGAGAUGGGUUUGAGGAAGGAGGCAUGUGAUAUAUUUGGUUAUGAUGUAGAACUCAUUUAUUUAAAGAAAUAAUUAAGGUAAUUAUGUGUCACGUGACUUUGAUUUAGGGACAUAUCUUUGUGUCAUUAUUUUUAAAUCUAUUUUUAAAUGUGCUGUAAAGUAUAGCGAUGUGCUAUCAAUCAAAUUGAACAAUAAUAUCUGUAAACAAUAGUUUAACGAGAUUCUGUCCAACAUGAUAUACGUAUUACUGGAAUUGUAUAUUUCGUUUGCUUCAUCAAAUCAAAGAAAAUGAUUGAAAGCAAGA